UGGACACUCACCUUGUUCUCAAGUCUCGCUUGCGUGCUUGGCGCUUGCUUCAUCUACAUCGAUGUCAUCAUCAGGCGCCUACCAGGAUGCGCAUCCUUCGACCUCAUCAACGACAAGCGCAUCCUCGUCUCUGGCAUGAGCAUCGGAUCCGGCGUCUUGCUCUUCACAGCACUGAACAAGAUGCUCCCAGAAGCGCUUGAUUAUCUGACGCCUGUCUUUGAGCGAAAGAGUGUCAGUCAUGCUGUUCUGAUGGCCGGGUAUCUUGCAGGCGUUAUUGUCUGCAUGCUCCUCAACAAUAUACUCCUGCCAUAUCUGACACCCGACAGCGUUAUCCACUGUUGUGGCGACGAGAACGAUGAUCAUCAUGCACACCAGGACGCGCAUUCUUCAGCGACAGAUGAGACAACGCCCUUGGUACAGCAACCAUCGAUGCAUAGUCUGCGACGCUCAAAGACGAGCUUCUCACAAUGCAAACGCACCGAUGCUGAACGUGCUGGACCAUGUGCCGGGUAUUCUGAUUUGUGUGCCGCUGAUGAAAAGAAUGAUUUCUUGCGCAUUGGCUUCCAGACUGCGCUUGCCAUCUCUUUUCACAAGGCACCGGAAGGCCUCAUCUUAUUCCUGUCAUCACAUGCAGAUGCAGCGCUAGGCUUUAGAGUAUUUCUGGCGCUAGCCAUUCACAACCUCGUGGAAGGCUUUACGAUUGCUUAUCCUCUCUAUCUAGCGUUUGAGAAUCGCUUCAAGGCGCUUGGGGCCGCAGUCCUCCUUGGCGGUCUCAGCCAACCCGUUGGCGCACUGAUUGGUUUCGCCAUCACAAAGGCACAGGGAUCGCACAAGUUUGAUGAACGAUCGCUCGAUUUGUCUUAUGGACUCCUGUUCUCUGCAACUGCUGGCUUCAUGUCCUUCAUUUCAGUCGUUUCAAUGCUGCCACAAGCCAUCAAGAAUGAU